AUGAUGAAGCUGAAAGUACAAAGAUAUAGUUUGUUAGUAUGCCCGGUUACCAUUUUGGCAUCCCGGUUGUUACUGACUCAAAGACAUGUAGAUAAAUGGUCGCUAGUAAAUCAGCUCCUUAUCAAAAAUGGUUGGUUUUGGACUACAGUGGUGACCACGGUGUGUGUGUUACGUUAUUCACGUAACUAUGCAGAUACGGUUAGGAAAUACAGUGUACUUUCUCUAUGGUGGUUUUUAUUUACUCAAGACAAUAUGUUCUCGAACCACGCUAUUAUGGAUCUAAUAUUUGUAUGGACUGGUGGUAAAUGUGAUGGGGGAUCCACGAGUAGUAAACUUUUGAAAUCAUCGAAACAUUGCAAAAAAAUCGGUGGUAACUGGAUCAAUGGACAUGAUCCAUCGGGUCACAUUUUCUUACUUUCCAUAAUGACGACAUUUAUGAUUAAUGAGUUUUCGAAGAUACGAAGGGUCUCUAUGACACAAUUAAGGCAAGAUUUCGUGGAGACAGAUUGGAAUCUUGACAGACAAUUACCAGUCAAGAUCAUACUGUUCAUUUCAAACAAUCCUGUUAUUAUAAUGCUUUCUUUCAUUCUUUUAUGGUGGCAUAGCCUAGUAAUCACAAGUAUAAAUUACUACCACACACUCUCCGAACAACUUUCAGGACUACUCUUUGCAUACAUCAUCAUGGGACCUCUCUACCUUUUUCUUCCAAGCUAA